CCGCCUGCCUCUGGCUCAGAAGACGAGAUUGGCGCAUCCGACCAGGAAAACUCGCGACCCGCUCCUCCCAAGAUCAACCGCACUGUCGUCAAAAACCCAGUCAAGAAGGCCACUGCCACGGCCACAAAGAAGACGACCGCCAAACCGAAACCUGUCAAAGAGCCUGUGGACCCACCGGAAGCUAGUGACGCCGAUGAGCCUGAACCUGCCAUGGAGCCUGUGCCAAAACCCAAGCAGAGGAAGAGAGUGCUGAAGAAGGAUCUUGUCGCAAAGAAUGCCGCUCCUGCGCCCGAGCCCGAACCUGUACCUGAACCCGAGUCCGAACCUGCGCCUGCACCCGCGAAGAAAGCGAUCAAGUCUACCAAGGCCAAAGCAGAAGCAGAAGUAGCGAAAGAGAAGCUCGUCGCAAAAUCGAAGCCCAAGACCAAACGCGCGCCCUCUCCUGAACCCGCCCCAGUCAUUCCGGAGACUCAACCCGAACCUACAGAGAUUGACCAAUCUGUCGUCGGAGAGGAGCCUCCGGCCGACCUUAUGGAUAUCGACAGAGAGCCCUCACCUCCGGCUCCACCACCAAAGUCGCAUCCACGACAACGCUCAGCCUCGAUACAACGACAAGCCGCUCCUGGCGCUGUCUACUCACGCGCUCGCUCAACGUCAAGACAACCAGGCACAUAUUCACGAGGGCGCAGUGCCAGCGAUACGGAGAGAAGAGUCGCAGAAUCAGAAGCAAACCGCAGACUGGCAGACAUGACCAAANAGUACGAAGAAAUGCGCAUGAAGUACGACUCUGUCAUCGAGCUGGGUCCAAAAGCCGCAGAAGCAAACUUCGAGCGUUUGAAGAAGGCUACAGACCAUAAAGCAAGAGGUGAGUCGCUUUCUCUGCACCUCAGCAGUCCACUACUGACAAUCAAUCGCANNGACGCAAACGACUUGAUCGCAUCCCUGAAAAAGGAACUCGCCGAAUUGCGCAAAACCUCGUCAGCCACUGUCACCNGAAUCCGCAAAACUCCAAUCUCAAGUCGCAGCCUUGACGGCAGAAAACGACAAACUCAAAGAAGAGCACAAAGCAACAGGUCUGCCGUCAAGAAGAUUGAGCAUGGCAAGACGCAUGGCGCCAGUGCCGAGAGUGUCAAGGAGAAUGCUUUGAAGGAGGAGUUGUACCGCGACUUGACCGGCCUGAUCAUCACAAGCGUCAAACGCAGAGACGGCGAAGACGAGUACAGCUGCAUUCAAACCGGUCGCAACGGCACUCUACAUUUCCACCUCACCAUUGCCACCGACACGGCCAUCACCAACCCAAAAACACCUUCGGGCUUGAGCUACGAAGACACAGAGUUUGCGUAUGAACCAUUGCUCGAUGCCAACAGAGAUGCGGAUUUGAUGGAUAUACUACCCGAUUACCUCACCGAGGAGAUUUGCUUCCCGAGGAAUCAUGCCGUCAAGUUUUAUACCAAAGUUGUCGAGAGCAUGACCAAGAGAGUUGUGGUUGAUGAAGAUUGA